AUGGAUCAAUCGAGAGUUAAUAAUAAUAUUCAUAAUUAUUAUUGUACUCAUAAAAGUAGGUCAUUGAACACAAAACGAUCAUCAGAUUCAUUAGUUAUGAACGUUGAUACAUUACCUCGCAAUGAUGCAUUAGAAUUGGCUAUUCUGUCACAGUUUCCUGCUCAGUGUUCAUCGUCAGUAUUUCCAAAUCGAAAGCGACGUUAUCGUAAAUCUCAAGAAAUAUAUAAUACAAAUUCGAGAACAAUAUGUUCAACAGCAAAUACCAACGGCGAAAUAGAAAAUAAUUCAGAUCUUUCGUGCGCCGUUUGUUGUGCUGUUGCACAUGGAUAUAAUUUUGAUGCAAUUUCGUGUGAAUCUUGCAAAGCAUUUUUUCGAAGAAAUGCCCUUUUCAAUACGGAUCGAUUAAAAUGUCGUCACGAUGGAGCUUGUGAAAUAAGUGUUGAAACAAGACGUAGAUGCAAAUCAUGUCGACUAAACAAAUGUUUCACUGUUGGUAUGAGAAAAGAAUGGAUUCUAACUGAAGAAGAAAAAGUAACUAAAAAACGUCGUAUUGAAGAAAAUAGACGAACUCGCGUAUCUGAUACAAAUGAUGGUAUACAACCAAAAGAUUUGAUUGGAAAUAGUAGUUUUAUCAGUAACAUUGUUACGGCUUAUAAUGAUAGAAUCAAAUUAGAUCUUACUGGAUAUGGUUGGUCUUAUCCGUUAACACGAAAAAUUACUGGUUUAUAUCAAAUAAUUAAUGCAAAAAAUACUACAGCUCUUCGUCUUAUCAGUUUCUAUAAAAGAUUAUAUGACUUUGACGUUCUUAACGAAAUCGAUAAAGUUAAUCUAAUCAAAACAAAUUUACAUUAUAUAUUAUUUUUUCAUGCUUCUCUUAAAUAUGAUCCAAUCCAUGAUGUUUAUCAUGAGGAAAAUACAAAUGAUAAGCCUCUCUAUGGUGUUCAUAUUCGUGAAGCAUACGGUGUAGAUACUUACGUUCGGUGUACAAAGCUUAUACGUUCCCUCUAUUCAAUUGUUCAAAUGGAUAAACACAUCAUGCAAGUUGUACUGGUUAUAUUUCUUUUUUCUAAAGGCCUUUCAGUCAUGAGAAAAUCCAAUGAACCAUUAGUAAACAAUUAUCAGCAAAUAUUUCAAAUUCAAAAUAAAUAUGCUGAACAAUUGUGGUUGUUUAUUGAGAAAAACUAUGGAAAUGUUCAAGCUGUUCGUAUAUUUUCAUCAUUGAUCACUAAAUGUUUACUUAUUCAAGAAUUUAUUCGUGAUAUUGAACAUGAUAUAUAUGAAAAAUUAGAUCCAUGCCAAGUACCACCUAUUCUACGAAGUCUGAUACAAACGCCAUAA